ACCCUCUGCUGGCGUACGCGUGUCCUCGCCGCCUUAUAAACGAUGGAUGUGCCCACCUUUGGUCACCUUUGAUCCGAUCCUGCUCACCAUGAAGCUGCUCGCUAACUUCCUGUGUGUGUGUCUGGCGUUAGCGCUGGCACAUGCCGACCAUCAUGAAGAUCAUUCAGACCUUCCAGACCGAUGCCACGGCCUGGAGAUGGAUGCUGCAGCGGUGAACGAGGACGGCGUACCCUACUUUUUCAAAGGUCACUUCUUGUUCAAGGGAUUCGAUGGCAAGGCAGAGAUGUCCAACGAGACCUUCCCAGAGUUGGACGAUGAUCACCACGUGGGACACGUGGACGCCGCUUUCCGCAUGCACUAUGAGGACAGCCCCACUGAUCACGACCGCAUGUUCUUCUUCUUGGACAACAAAGUGUUCAGCUACCACGAGCACAAGCUGGAGGACGGAUAUCCCAAGGACAUCUCCGAAGUGUUCCCAGGAAUCCCUGACCACCUGGAAGCUGCCGUCCAGUGCCCAAAGCCAGAGUGCGAAGAAGAUUCUGUCAUCUUCUUUAAGGGACACGACAUCUACCACUACCAUGUGAAGAGCAAGGCUGUAGAUAAGAAAGAGUUCAAGACCAUGCCCAACUGCACGUCUGCUUUCCGCUAUAUGGGACACUACUACUGUUUCCAUGGACACAUGUUCUCCAAGUUUGACCAAAAGACCGGCGAGAUCCAGGGCAAAUACCCGAAGGAGGCAAGUGAAUUCUUCGCUAAGUGCCCUAAGUAUGGUGACGACAGUGAUAACGUGGAGAGAGAACGCUGCAGUCGUGUCCACCUGGACGCCAUUACUUCUGAUGACGACGGGGACUUUUACGCCUUCAGAGGUAAUUAUUUCCUGCACAAAUACGCGGGAAAUCACACGCUGACAGCCGAUACGAUAGAACACGCCUUCAAGGAAGUUCACAACGAUGUUGACGCCGUUUUCUCCUACCACAAUCACCUCUACAUGAUAAAGGGUGAGCAAGUGUUUGCUUACAAAGUCAGCGAUCCACACACCCUCAUGGAGGGUUUCCCCAAACCCAUAAAGGAGGAGCUGGGCCUGGAUGGUCCCAUUGACGCCGCCUUUGUCUGCGAGGACCAUCACAUUGCUCACCUCAUCAAAGGUCAACACAUCUAUGACGUAGAGCUGGACGCUACUCCUCGUGUUGCAACCAACGAGCGACCGCUUUCGUUAUUCAAGAAGGUGGAAGGCGCCAUGUGCGGCCCCAAAGGCGUCAAUGUCAUCGUUGGGAACCACUUCUACCACUUUGACAGCAUCAUGCUGUUUGUGGCAGCCAAGUCCCUGCCAGACCAGCAUACCGUGUCCAUAGAGAUGUUUGAAUGUGACCACUGAGUCCCCUGGCGGGAAUGCCAACUCAUAAUGAGAGACGGCCCAGACCACCAGGAACCAGCUUUGGACUGACAAACAUGUACCUCAAAGUCUUUGGUGUCUGGAAAUUGUCAACUAGUACAAGUAUUAGUAACAACAAGCCAACUAGUGUCUGACUUUGUACUCUUUGCUUUGUCAAUAAAGAUGAACAAGGACACCUGA